AUGGCCAUAGAAACAAUGCUGGUAAUAAACAAGUCAGGCGGGUUAAUCUACCAGCGGAAUUUCACUGCCGACGAACAAAAACUGAACAGCAAUGAGUACUUAAUUCUUGCCAGCACAUUGCACGGUGUAUUUGCCAUUGCAAGCCAGCUGACCCCGAAGGCGCUGCAGCUCACUCAACAAGCGAACAUCGACAACACGGUCCCGUAUAUACCAUACGUGGGCGUUUCCAGCGGCAAGGGCGAUACAAGAAGCGGCAGUGGCGGCAACAAUAAACAACACGCCAACAAUGAAAAACUGGGUAGUUUCAAGGGAGACGAUUUUUUCAAAGAGCCCUUUACGAACUGGAACAAGAGCGGGUUGAGGCAGCUAUGCACGGACCAGUUUACAAUGUUUAUAUAUCAAACCCUGACAGGUCUGAAGUUUGUCGCCAUAAGCUCCAGCGUGAUGCCGCAGAGGCAGCCGAACAUAAACAGCAACGACAAGACUGACCGACCCAAGAGUUCAUCGAACCUGGCCAUUCAGAUAGCCGACAACUUUCUAAGAAAAGUAUACUGCUUGUAUAGCGACUAUGUCAUGAAAGACCCAUCGUACUCGAUGGAAAUGCCCAUUAGAUCCAACCUUUUUGACGAAAAAGUCAAGAAAAUGGUAGAUAAACUUCAAUAG